CCUCCAACAUAGAGCUGCAGCCAGUAUCAGGGGUACAGGGUAGUCUACGUACCCCCUUCUAUCCCAGCUACUACCCACCAGACACCAACUGUACCUGGACAUUCACUGUGCCCUCUGCAGACUAUGGACUAUCUCUGGAGUUUGAAGGUUAUGAGCUGAGCAGAGCCAACUAUAACCAGGCCUGUACACAGGGGCAGUGGAUGGUACAGAACCGCAGGUUCUGUGGGAUGAGAGGUCUCCAGCCGUAUGCUGAGCGCCUCUACCUCCUCUCCACGGCAACCAGAGUUGUCAUGACGUCCGAGGUGUCAAUCACAGGGCCUGGACUCCAGGUCCACUACAGCCUCUUCAACCAAUCAGAUCCCUGUGACGGCAUCAAAGACUGCCCCAACGGACUGGACGAGAGGAACUGUGUGUGUAUAGCCCAGUACCAGUGUCCAGAGGACAGUCAGUGUGUUGACUACUUCAAGGUGUGUGACCAGCACCCAGACUGCCUUGAGGCCAUGGAUGAAGAGAACUGCACAGAGGGUGUACAGUGUACAGACAAGACGUAUGUGUGUGCUGACGGGACGUGUCUGAAGAAGCCAAACCCAGAGUGUGACUUCAUCACCGACUGUCCUGAUGCCUCCGAUGAGAGACACUGUGACUGUGGUCUGAGGCAGUUCACCAGUCGCGUUGUGGGAGGAGUCAACGCUACUGAAGGGGAGUGGCCAUGGCAGGUCAGCCUUCAGAUCGGUGGACGUCAUGUCUGUGGGGGGGCUCUGGUCUCCAGCCAAUGGGUGGUGUCAGCUGCCCACUGUUUCUAUGAUGACCGUCUCUCUCCCAGAGCGUGGACAGUCUACCUAGGUAAGUUCCUAUUGAACCGCAGCAGUCAGAUGGAGGAUGCCAUUCGGGUGCAACAGAUCCUCCUGCACCAGUACUACGAUGACGAGACACACGAUUAUGACUUGGCUUUGCUGCGACUGGAGAGACCUGCAGCUCCAGGCACCCUGGCCCAGCCCGCCUGCCUGCCGUCACCUACACACCAGCAAGAACCUGAGCUACUCUGUUGGGUCACGGGCUGGGGCGCGCUACGUGAAGGAGGCACUCCCAGUAACGUGCUGCAGAAGGUGGAUGUGCGUCUGGUGAGCGAGGAGGCCUGCUUCCGUUCCUAUGGUUACAUGGUCACUCCCAGGAUGUUGUGUGCCGGCUACCGCAGCGGAGAGAAGGAUGCCUGUCAGGUACAGGAAGUGGUUUCAGAGUAG